GGCGCAAGCGCUGUGUGCUUCUCGCUCGUCCAUCCGUGUGCGAGGGUCUGCCCUUCAUUUCUCUCAAAUACUGGCUUCUCCGAGCGUGAUUGACGCCCAGAAUGUCCAAAGCUGAACAGGUGUUGACCUUAGAGCCGUCCCAGGAACUCAAAUUCAAAGGUCCCUUCAACGAUGUCGUCACAUCCCAACUUAAGCUCUCCAAUCCUUCAGAUAAAAGAGUGGGCUUUAAGGUGAAAACUACAGCUCCUCGACGGUACUGUGUUCGGCCAAAUUCUGGGUUGGUAGAGCCUCAUGGUGCUGUCAGUGUGGCGGUGAUGCUCCAGCCAUUUGAAUAUGAUCCACACGAAAAGAACAAACACAAGUUUAUGGUGCAAAGUCUAUUUGCUCCAGAAGGAGAAGUCAACCUUGAUCUGUUGUUCAAGGAAGCUGACCAGAGUCAGUUGAUGGAUUCAAAACUAAGGUGCGUAUUUGAAUUACCAAUGGAUGCAACACAAGCACCACAGAAUAACAUUGAUGCCGCGCCUGCAGCUCAGCCACAAGUUGAAGUUCCCAAGCCCUCUCCUAAGGCCAAUAACAUUGAAGCGGAACUCAGGAAGGCUGGCGACGAAAUUAAACGACUGCGAGAGGAAAUUAGUGCACUUCGUCAAGAGAAUCUUCAGCUUAAGGAGGACUCCCUGAGGCAGCGCACACAUGCCAGCAGCACAGGAGAGAAGAAGACAGUGGCUGCUAGCGUCAUCCAGCAUCAUGAUACGCAACAAGGCAACCCAAUGAUGCAUUUGGUUGCUGCUCUCAUCAUCGCUCUUGUUGGCUAUAUUCUCGGCAAAUUUAUCCUUUGAAGAAUUCCCAGUACCAUUGCCCAGGAUCACUAGGUAGCAAUCGGCCAUUUUUUCUCCCACAACCAACACACUAAUUGCCCUCGUCAAACUUUUUUUGUAGGGCAGGUUCAUCAUUUGGUGGACUCUAGUUGCUAGCUGGGAAUAUUGGAAUAUUAUUAGCUAUCAUCUAUAGCUGUCUGCCUUCUUCAAAUACGGAAUAGCAUUUGGCCUUGAUUAAUUUACCAUAACAGUUUUUGAUAUUAAAAUUUUUAUUGAGUUAGAUUGAAAAAAAAUAAGCUGCCUUCAAUUUGACAGUGUUUGAGACUCUGAUGGAGUCUUAAGCACUUGGACAAAUGUGUGGGGAAAAAAAUCAUAAUGUAAAGAAACCCAGUUAGCUUGCUUUAAUGUAUAUCACUUUCAGGCAUUCUAGGCAGAAAGAUUAAUCAAGAGGAAAUACAGCCUUUUUGAAACUUAUUAUGAAAUAUAAAUUUGAAUUUGUACAUUUUGUCGUGGAAUAAUUUAUUUAAUACUGCAUAGUCAUACAACUUCGCAUUAUAAAAGAUAUCCCUUUCGUUUAUGAAAAUAUUAUACAUUAGUUUUAUAUAUAUAUGGAGUAUGCAAAAUAAUGCAAUUUUGGCCAGAAGCAAAUAGCAUUUGCAUUUCAUGAUGCGUCACUUUUGCCUGUGAUUAGUUAUUAAACAUUAUGAAAUAUUCAUGUGCUCUUUCAAUAUGUAUCAUUUAGCAAUAGGUAAAGUAUAUGAUGUCUUCUUUUGUUUGGUACAGAGGACAAUUCUUUACCAGUGCGUUGUUUCACAUCUUGAAGUUUAAAAGAUAUUUGGAUUAUUUUAAUGUAAAAUAGUAACUGUUAUGCUGUAACAUCCUUUAAUAACAUUUCCAUAGCAGAACUUAUAAAAGACUAUUUUGUCAGAUAAGCCUCUCUUGCUUUUUUUUAUUUUAUUUUUUUAUGAUUUAUAUAUUUUUUUUUAUGACUACCUUAGUUUAUUAUUUUAAACUCAUUUAUGAUUAGUCAUACUCUACACUUAGACUAACCCGUUUCACAGUGUAUCACAUUUAGCAUACAUACAAUCGAUACAAUUUUUAAUUUAUUUCUCAUGGAGGGGUUUUGAUUUUUGUGGAAUCACUUUACUCAGUACCCUUUUCUGGUCAUUGGUAUAUAUCAGCUAUUCAGUCUAAGACAAAGUCCUGGUGAAGAGUCUCGUGCAAAGCUCUUCUCUCCCUUCCAGCCCCUUACCCUUAUCCCUCCCUUACCUUAAUCCUACUGGCCAAGGAUAUAAAGCAGUCCUGAUAGUAACAGAUUUAUUAAUCUAUAUAAGUGUUUGGAUUCGAUGGACAACUUGUUCUCGAGUCAUGGUGGAGAUCGGUUUGUUAGAGAUUUACAGGGUUGACGCAGUAGAGGGCAACGUAGGAGUCAUUCACUCAAGCGUAGAUAGAAGUAGGUUUGAACCAUAGCCUCCAGAGACAUUCAAGGGACUUACACAAGUACUUCCCCACAGAUGAGAAUGUGGGGCUCCUCUCUCCAAGGGCAACUCAUUGUAAGAAUGUAGCUUACAUACAUAUGAAAACCAUGCAGCCCUUCAUAAGGUGUGACUUGGCAUUGUCUUACACUGAAGUUUGGUCUGACCAGUGAUUUUCAGUCUGUACUUGGGUGAAACAGGUUAGAAAUAUUUAUAUGCAUUUCUGAAGUUAGUCUAUUAACAGGAAGUGGAAUAGGGCUUAAUUUCACUGGUCAGGUUACAUUUUUGUAAUGUUAUUCCAGCUUAAAAUACCUAUAUGAAAAUUAUGGUCUGUGUUAGGUUUGUCAAUCCUUUUUUGUACAUUACACUGUAGUAUGCAAGAGCUGUUUGUACAAAAGGUGAAGUCUCCCCUUGUAUAUAAGUUGGUGUGAUAUGUUCUUGUCUUCAAUCACAUUUGUAUUUUUUUUAAGUAAAUUUCUUUGCUUCUUUCCCCACUGGUAGUUUAUGUACAUUACCCUCUUUAUUCAUUGUCAGUUACUAGUCAAUUGUAAACAUGUGUGGGUAAACUUCCAUCAGUAAUUUGGAAAUGUUUGAUAGCACUUAGUUAUCAUACUAUAAAAAUGCUUACAAGUUUCUUACAUAUGUGAACAUUUUCUAGUAAACAUUUGCUAGGUACACUUCCUUUGCACGAGACAGAUGGAAGUCAUUAGGGACAAGGGUCUGACUUAAAACUCAAAUGCUUUGAUUGGUGGAGCCAUUGUGUUAUAAUGUUUACUGCUGCGUGUCUGCAACUAACUUUGGACAGUAUAAAGGAGUAUAGCCAGUGUAUUUUUCACACUUGUUUGUAACACCACGGUGGUCAGUCCCGGGGUUUUGUACCCAUGUGUACAGUGUGCAGCGUGUCAUAAUAAAUAUGUCACACCUUAAUGUA